AUGAGGCAGGCGAGGCCGUACUCGGGGAUCUUCGGCGGCGGGGUGUUGGCGCGGACGGGGCCGCACGCGCUGCCGCUGGCGCGCAUCAAGAAGAUCAUGAAGCGCUCCGCGGGGGAGACCGCGGACGGCGGCGCCAGGAUGAUCUCCUGCGAGGCGCCCGUGGUGUUCUCCAAGGCGUGCGAGCUCUUCGUCGCCGAGCUCACGCGCCGUGCCUGGGCCGCCACGCUCGAGGGCAAGCGCCGCACCGUGCACAGGGAGGACGUCGCCACGGCCGUGCACAACACCGACCUCUUCGACUUCCUCGUCGACGUCGUCAACGCGGACACUGCCGGCGACGACGACGCGCACGAUGAUGACAACGUCGGCGACGGCGCCCUGGGCCACCGCACCUUCACCCCAAUCGUCAACCCCGGCCUCCUCCAGCCGCCGGCCGGGCGCCGCGGCCUGCCUAUGAGCCUCCAACUCUCAUCCCGCCUCCCGAGCCUCCUCAAGGACUGCGCCAGCAAGCGGCAGCUCGACCAGAUCCAUGGCCUGCUCGUCACCUCCCCCUCCCUCCGCCGCCUCCUCCCUGGCCUCCCGGCGCUGCUCGUCCGCCGCGCCACCGAGCUCGGCGACACGGCCCACGCGGACCUGCUCUUCACAUCGUUCCGGGAGACCGAGCCCGCCGGCCCCGGCGCGGUCGCGCUCUACAACGCCAUGAUCCGGGGAUGCGCUUACCACGGGCCCCACGAGCGCGCGCUGGAGCUAUUCGCCGAAAUGCUGCGCCGGGGCGGGGACGGCCUCGCCCUCUACCCGGACAGCUUCACCUACCCGUACGUCGUGGACGCGUGCGCGAGGCUGCGGAUGUGGCGGGCCGCCGAGGCGGUGCACUGCCGCGUCCUCAAGGAGGGGCUCGCCGCCGUGCCGGCCGUCGGCAGCUCGCUGCUCGCGUUCUACGUCGCCCGCGGGUCGCUGGGCGACGCGAGGCGGGUGUUCGACGGCUUCCACGCCAGGUCCGUCGGCCUCUGCAACAGGAUGGUGUCGUUGUACGUCAGGGCCGGAGACGUGAGGAGUGCGCGGGAGGUGUUCGACGCGAUGGAGGCCAGGGACGUCGUGUCGUGGAACGCGAUGCUCACCGCGUACGUCAGGACGGCGGACGUCGUGGCGGCCAAGGAGCUGUUCGCGGCUAUGCCGGUGAAGAACGUCAUAUCGUGGACGACGAUGAUCAGGGCGCUGUCCGAUGCGGGGGAUUUCGCCGGCAUGAGGGGACUGUUCAACCGGAUGCCUGAGAGGAACCUGGUGUCAUGGAACUGCAUCCUCUCGAGUUACACCAGGCACGGAAGAUUCUGGCAGGCGCUCCAGAUGUUUCCCCGGAUGCUGCUUGAAGGUCUCAACCCGGACAGCUUCACCGUCGUCUCGGUUCUCUCGGCUUGUGAGAACUUGAGGAAGCUGAGGCUCGGCAGAUGGGUCCAUGCCAACCUAGUGACUCCGGCGCUCCAGGUCCAUGCUGAGGUUGGGACAGCCUUGGUCGAGAUGUACGCCAUGUGCGGCGACAUGGCCCGCGCGUUCGUUGUCUUUCUGAAGAUGGAGAGCAAGGAUGUCUUCUCGUGGAACGUUAUGAUCAGAGCCCUCGCAGUGCAUAGACGAGCUGACGAUGCGCUCAGGCUGUUUGGUGUCAUGAGGAAACAAGGGUUCCGGCCCAACCAUUUCACCUUCAUGGGCGUCCUGCUGGCGUGCAGGUACGGGUCUCUCGUCGACGAAGGCCGCAGGAUGUUUGACAUGAUGCAGAAGGACUAUUGCAUCCCGCCGUCGUUGCAGCACUACACCUGCUUGAUCGAUCUGCUCUCCUGCAGCGGCCAUGUCGACGAAGCGGUGACCGUGCUGCAGGGCAUGCCUUGUCGACCUGAUUCUGAAGUCUGGAGGGCACUGCUUGGCGGGUGUAGGAUUGAAGCUGGCCUCGGAUCAACCGGGGACGCGAUAGCAGAUGGGCAUGUUUGGAUUCCUUGCCGAGUUUUGAUUCUGUAA